GGCAGAGCAUGGGGUCGUCGGGAUGGGCCAGGAAUUCCCGGGUUCCCUGGGCGUUGAGAACCUCCGCCCCCGUCCCAAUGGGCCGAGAUUCCAGGGGCAAUCUGAACUGUGGUUCUGCGGGGCAGGCUCAGCACAGAGAGGGUGGGAGGUGCGGACGGCCCCGGAGGGCGCCGUGGGCCGCCAUGAAGAUCUGUAGUGAGGCGGAGGUGGAGCAGAUCCAGGAGCUGAAGGCUAUCACUCGGCUCAAGGAGCAACGUCAGGCACUGCAGAUCCAGGCGGUGAAGGAGACCACGUUCAAGAACAAGGCCACGCUGGCUGUCCUGCGCAGCAACAUUCGCCGCGGGUCCCACGAGUGGGCUUUGGCCAAGAAGUAUGACCAGCGGACCACCUCCAAGGCCUGCGGAAAGGACGUGCCCAUGAGCCUGGCGCACAGCCGCUGCACCACGGAGGUGGCGCGGGAGAAGCUGCGUAAGUACGUCUUCGACCGCGUCAAUAUGCACAACGUGCUGAUCGACUUGGUGCGGCGGCGCGAGCAGAAGCUGGAAAGCAUGCAGCUGGAGCUGGCCAGCCUUAAGAACCAGCCCGAGGCCACCAAGGAGGAGCCGCGCAUGCUGCAGGUCAUCCGUCAGCUGGAGAACAACAUAGAAAAGACGAUGGUCAAGAUCACCACUAGCCAGAAUACCCACCUGCUGUACGUGGACCUGCUGGACCACCUGAAACAAAAGCUGGCAGGAUACCCCACAGAGCUGGACAAGCUGCAGAAUCUCGUGGUUGACGACUGCUCGGAACUGUCGGACAUGACAGUCAUGUCCCAAGAUGCCAUGAUGAUUACGGAUGAGGUCAAGGUGAGAGCAGGCAAAGGGGAGGCCACCUUCAUCAAGGAACGCCAGGCAUGGGAGGACCGGCUCAACCAGCAGAAGCAGCUCACUGACAAGAUCCACUCCAAGGAGACCAGCGAGAAAUACCGCUGGGGCCAGCGGGACUUGCACUUCCCCUCCAGCCUGAUGGGUCCCUUGCACUUCCCCUCCAGCCUGAUGGUGAGGAGGAGGGAGACCUUCAAGGCUGAUAUCGAAUACCAGACGGACGUGACGGCUUUGGUGGAGAAAGUCUAGACUGCUGUGCGGUGCCCUCACCUCUGGGACAUCACCGGCCGCUUCCUGGCUCAGAGGAGCACGGAGGAGAACCUGGCGCUGCAGGUGGCGGGUGGUGAGGGGAGGCGGGCGCAGCUGGAGGCCGUGACGAAGGAGCUGGCGACGGAGGGCGUGAUGCCCAGCUCCAUCAGCUUGAAGUCUGUUGAGAAGAAAAUGAAGGACAUGCUGAAGGAGGAGGAAGCCCGGCUGCAGCUGGCCCACGCCAACAUGGCCAAGAGCCAGCUGCUGCUGACCAUCCAAACUGGCAUCGACAACCUCCACAUCCGCCUGAUGGGCGUCCCCCUGCCCACGGCCCAGAAAGAAGCGCUGCCCUCCGACACCCUGGAUGUGUACAGCAAGCUGGCAUACUGCGAGGGGAAGCUGCUGUACCUGGCUGACCGAGCGCAGAUGCUGCCCAGGACAGAGGAGGUCCACACGAAGGUGAGGCAUGCCCUGGAGCCCUCGGCCCUGAAGGAGAAGCAGAACACCAGGAUCAGCUUUGAGGAGAGGGGGGAGGAUGUUGCAGAGACCUUCCAGUUCGCCGACGUGGACCACAGUUACGUGCCCUCGCGGGCCGAGAUCAAGAGGCAGGGCCAGCGGCUGAUAGAGGGGAAGCUCAAGGUAGCCAAGAAGAAGUGA